UGUAGUCUCGCCGAAUCUCGCGGAUCCCGAGACGCCAUAUUGCCCCAUUUUCCUUAGUGUAGAGAGCUGUGUGAUGCUUAUUUUCGGCCAUUUCCUCGCUAUUUCCCCUCCUUAGCCCCUCAGCUCGGCGCGGGAAUUAAAGAGAAGGGGCAGAAGGGUGAUGGCGUCGUCGUCCAUUGAGGUGAUGGGCGUGGGGGGCGGGGAGGUGAAGGUGAUGUUGAUGGAUGACUCUGUGGGUGAUGACGGAGAGGUGGACGAAGAACUGCAGACCAUCAUUACUGCCUCUGCUGAUGAUAACGGCCAGAUGGUGACGUCCGUGGAGGCCCAGCCAGUUCCCAGUGAUGAGGUGCUGGACAUGGAUGGGGAAUUCACCACGCUGGAGGGGAUGGAACCACCUCCUGGCACCAUCAUCUUCUCCCCCCAGGACCUGCUGCGGCCCUCCAAGCCCUCGCAGCGUGGCAGGGGUCGCUCCGCGCUACGCCCCGGCCUCACCUCCAUCAAGCUGGAGCCCCGCGCACCCCCCAUGUACGGCCCUUCGGGAGAUCUGGAGAUGCCCGUGUCCUGCGAGGUGUGCGGGAAGGUGAUGAUGACUGGAAAGACCCUGGUGCAACACAUGGCCAUUCACUCAGACCUCAAGCCCUUCCAGUGUCCACACUGUCCCAAGUCGUUUGCCAGGAAGGUCCACCUGCAGGGCCACCUGGUGGUGCACGGCAUCGAGAAGCAGUUUGAGUGCCCCAUCUGCCACCAGCGGUUCAGCCGGCAGGACUGUGUCAAGGUGCACAUGCGUCUCCACGACAAGAGCAAGUGCGUGUUCUGCGACGUGUGCCACAAGGCCUUCCUCACCGUGGGGGCGCUCAACAUCCACCUGCGCAUCCACCGCGGGGAGAAGCCCUUCAAGUGCCACCUGUGCUCCAAGUGCUUCACGCAGAAGAAUCACCUCAUCACGCACAUCAAGCGCCACACCAAGGUGACGGACGAGCACUUCACCAAGAAGCUCGGGCCGCGCAUGUUCAAGUGCGAGCAUUGCCCGCGCUCCUUCAUCCGCCUCAGCGACUACGAGCGCCACGUGCAGUGGAACCACGGCGCGGUGGCGGAGGGCAGCAUCGUGGACAAGCUGCCCACCGUGGGGAACCUGCUGGAGGGGGAGCUCAAGCAGACGGGCCUCACGCCGCAGGUGUUCAAGGCCCCCAAGGACGCGCUGAACAGCAAGCCUCGCGUGCGGCGCCCCAAGAAGGUGAUGUGCACCACGUCCACGCAGACGGAUGAGGACGGCGGCCGCAUCAUCGUGCCGCGGCAGUACCAGGUGUCGGCCGGCACGCAGGUGUCGGCGCCGCCCACGCCGCGCCACGACGAGGACAUGUACGAGAACGACAUCUUCGACGAGGGCAUGGACCGCAACUACAGCUCCGACGAGGAGGACGACGCGGUGCACAGCGGCAGCGGCGGCGACCCGCUGGAGCAGAAGGUGUUCUCCCUGCCCGCCACGGGGGAGAUGGCCUCGGACCCCAUCCAGGACGCUGCCUUUGAUGCCAUUGUGCAGGGCAAGGGCGCCGCACGGCCCGGGGAGGACGCCAGCGAGGCCGCCGCCACGGACAAGCACUCAGAGUUCCUGCAGGAGGUGGUCAACUCCAUGGUGCGCCAGUCCAUGCCACAGAGCCCCCCCGCAGCCGAGGCGGAGGCACGGACGCAGGAGGAGUCCGCCGAACUGCCGGAGGUGAGGUCGGUGCCCAGCGUGGGCAGGCUGGUGGGCAACGCCGCCCCGCUGCCGCCGCCGGUGCGCUCUCCCACCGUCAAGGACGGCAUGGUGAAGGUGAAGAAGGAGCCGGUGGGGGUGCUGCCCAUCACCCUCCUCAACCCCCCCAAGCGUGGGCGUGGCCGGGGCCGGGGCCGGGGACGGGGCAGGAAGUGGAGUCCCUUCGGCCUGUCCGGGGCGGCCGAGCUGCGGGCCAUCCGCAUGAACAUGAGGCGCAACAUUCUCAACGCCGAGGAGGAGCGGGCCGAGAAGAGGGAGGAGGAGGAGAGGCAGGAGGCGGAGAAGGCGGAUGAGGUAGAGGAGGCAGAGGAGGAGGGCCCCAUGGAGGCCAGCGUGGUGGAGGAGGUGGAGACGGAGGGGCGCGGCAAGCGGCUGGCCAAGAACAAGCAGCACGGCAAAGACUUUGUGUGCAACAUGAAGAACUGUGAGACGUGCUGCCCACCUGCCAAGCCUCGCCCUGCACCCUCCACCCCCUCCACUGUCAAGGUGAAGGUCAAAGUGCACGAGAAGAGUGAGGGGGUGAAGAAGGCCGUCCCCAGGCCCACCCACACCCCCCUGGUCCCCACAGUGUCGGCCAGCCAGGCGGACAGCGUGCACGGCCUGCUGAGCCUGGCUCAGAGCGCCCCCCUGCUCAGGACCGUCAAGGUGGAGAACCCACGUGUGGAGGAGCCCAAGAUGAAGGUGGGGAACCGCGUGGGGUCGUACCCGGUGGACAUCACGGCCAACCCCAUCCCCAGCAGCAAGGUGGUACCCGGUGGUGGUGGUGGCGGCGGCGGCGGCAUGGUGCGGCGAGAGGACUACUUCGUGACGAGCAGCAGCGGGGAGUCUGUGGUGUCCCCGCCGGUGGAGCUGAUGUCCUUCUGCAUCCCCACCUACUCCUGCAAGCUGUGCUCCAGAGAGUUCCGCUUCGAGGGCAAGCUGCACCGCCACAUUGAGAGUGUGCACCAGAACAAGGCAAUCUUCUCCCCAGACGUCAAGCCAGGCCGCGGCUCCAGCAAGGUGGUGGGGCCACCCGGCACCCUGCUAGGCCCCGCGCCCUCUGCCAUCACCACCACUGCGGAGCAGGAGAACCCGGAGAUUGCCGCCCUGCGCUCGGAGUGGGACGACGACGAGGACGAUGAUGCUGAGGCGCGCGGCGCCCCGGCGAUGACGGCAGCAGCCAUGGGUGGCCCGCCAGCGGCCAUGGCCAUCGUGACGCGGGACAUCGCGCCGGUCAGCAACACCGUGACGGACGCCUACAGCGGCGGCGUGAAGGUCAACAUGAACAAGCUGGCCGGCCUGCUGCCCCAGAUGGGCAAGGUGCCCGACACCGACAGCUACGAGUCCGGCCGGGUGAAGCAGGAGGCGGCGCUGGGCCAGGCUGGCGGAGGCAGCAGUGGGGCGGCGGCGGCGGCGGCGGCAGGGGCACGGGAGCCGGCAACCAUCACUGCGGACACCCUGGACAUGAAGUGCCGGCGGCUGCUGGAGAAGCUGUUUGACCACGCGCUGCUGCUGCAGUGUGGCCUGCUGGAGGAGCACGUGUCGGUGGUGCUGGGCCGCGUGCUGCAGCACUACGGCGUCAAGAUGAUCGAGGACUACGGGCAGGGGCAGUACGAGGUGCUGAAGUACAACCUGUGGCGCCUCAUAGAGUGGAAGGUGACCAUGGAGCAGAUGGAGGAGUUCUACACGGAGGGCAAGAGUGUGGAGGAGAUGAUGGACGACAUCAUGCACGACCACGUGCCCCUCGUGUCCCACCACUACGUGCCCCGCGACCAGGCCGCCGCGCCCCCUCCCGCCCCGGCCCCCACCCAGGCCCCGCCCCCGCCCCAGGUGGAGGCGGUGGAGGUGUCGGAGGGGCAGGUGGUGCUGCAGCACGUGGCGGGCAUGCUGGGGGGGCAGAUCAACCUGCCGGAGGGGGUGACGCAGGUGGUGCUGUCGCAGGACGUGUCGCCGGACCUGCUGCAGGGCGCCCACAUCGUGACCAUCGACCCCGCCACGGGCCAGGUCAUCUCCCAGGUGACGGCGGACCAGGUCAUCCUGGCAGACGCCAUCGGGGACGAGCUGGAGCAGCAGGUGUCCGCGUUGGACGGCGGCGUGGUGGUGAGCCAGGGCCAGCUGGGCCAGGUGGGCCAGGGCACCAUUGUGGUCACCCAUCCCUCCGCCGUGCCCCUGCAGGCGGGCCAGGUGCUGAUGCAGGACUCCACUGGCCAGCAGGUGGUCAAGAUGGAGGCCGUCACCACCACCACUGCCCCCCGCUGAGCCGGCCCCCCUGCCCCACACCCCCCUUCCCCCUCAACCAACCCUGUACAAAACCUCGUUCGAAAAAAGACUUUUUCUUAUUAGUACCUCUAAGUCUUCUAUACAUAUAUAAAUACUAUAUAUAAAGAUAUACAUAUAUACAUAUUGUGUAACACAACAACAACAACAACAACAUCAACAACAUCAGCAGCAACAACAGCUGCCGCCUCCACCAGGGCUUCUUGUCACUCAUCCACGGCGAUUGUGACACUAAACAUCCACCAGUCUGUCUGUCUGUCUGUGUGAGUGAGUGAGUGAGUGAGUGAGUGAGAGUAUGCUUGUGUGUGUGUGUGUGUGUGCGCGUCCUCAGGUGUACAGAACACAACACCACCAACACCACCACCUCCAACCACCACCACCACCACCACCACCACCACCACACUGUCUCCUGUAGUGCGUGCCUUCCUUCACCACAGUACUGGGAGGUGGAGGAGAGGAGUGGAGGAAACACCCUCCUCUCCACCUCUCCUUCCCUCCCAUCGUUCCACCAACACUCCCUCUCUUUCUCUCCACCUCUCCCUUCCUUCUCUCCACCAAAGCUAAGUCAUUCCUUCAUCCUUUCAUUAAUAUAUUGUUGUGUGAGUUAUUACCAUUAUUAUUAUUACUAUUAUUAUUGUUAUUUUCUCUCCUUUUUUUUUUUGUAUAUAUUUUUCACAAGUUUUGAGUGUGAAUUUAUAAUGUACAAUAAUUUACGUAUUUUUUCUACAACUGCCCAGCAUUCGUCAUUCCCUUGUAAGGUGUGUGUAUGUAUGUAUGUAUGUAUGUAUGUGUGUGUGAGUGUAUGUGUGUGUGCAUGUGCGUGUGUGUGUGUAAGAUAGAAGUAUUGCUUACAUGAUUAUUUAUAUGAAAAAAUAAAGAUGAUUAUGUA